AUGAAAUCUUAAUCAUAACAUAAAAGAGUUUGUUUUGAAACAAUCUAAGAAUUGGAGGUUUACCAGAUGAACCAAAUAGCAAAGAGAAUUAAAAAGGUUAAAAUACAAAUUACCAAAAACAGUGAUAACCUAAUAACAUUUUCAUAAGGUAAUACGAUUUUGAAAAAAGCUUAUCCUUGCGAAUUAUAAAACAAUAUUGAUAUAUUUUAGAAUAUUGAAUAAAUAUAAAAUUUAGAAUGGUAAGGUGAAUAUGGAUCAAACAAAAGAAAAUUAGGCAUGUGGAUUGCAACUUGGAAAGGAAAAUAAAUUUUAGGAGUUGGUGGAUACUAUAAGGAUGAAUAAAAAAUAGGAUUAUGGAAAUAACCAAUAAAAAAUUAUUGGAGUCAAGCUUAAGUAUAUGAAAGUGGGGAGUACUUUGAGGAUUAAAAAUGUGGAAGAUGGAAUUACAUUUAUAAAAAUAAAAUUAUUUAUUAGAUUUAAUUGAUUUAGUAGAGGCGGAGGAUCAUAUGAUGAAAGAGGAAAAGUUGGGAAAUGGGUUGAAUUAAUUGAGG